AUGGCAGCAAAUGGUAAUGGGGCCAAUGGCCACUCCAAGGAACGCACCCCUCUCCGACCGGGUAUCUACUCACCCACCAUGACUUUCUUCGACCCAGAGACUGAGGAGCUGGAUAUUCCCACAAUCAAGAAGCAUGCAGUACGACUAGCCGAGGCUGGUCUUGUUGGUCUUGUUACUAUGGGAUCCAACGGAGAGGCUGUCCACCUGUCACGGGCCGAGAAAACCGCUGUCACGCGAGCAACUCGCGAAGCUCUCGAUGAGGCUGGCUACCAAAACGUUCCGGUCAUCGUUGGAGCUUCUGAACACGGUAUCAAGCUCACAAUUGAGCUUUGCAAAGAAGCAGAGGCAGCGGGCGGCGAGUACGUUCUUACCGUUCCUCCAAGCUACUACCGCUAUGCCAUGGAUGAAGAGGCCAUCUACGAGUACUUCACCAAGGUUGCAGACGGCUCACCCCUCCCAAUUAUCCUAUACAACUAUCCAGGAGCCGUUGCCGGUAUCGAUAUGGACAGCGACCUCAUCAUCAAGCUUGGCAAACACCCUAACAUUGUCGGUACUAAAUUUACAUGCGGCAACACUGGAAAGCUCACUCGUGUCGCCCUUGCUACCAAUGCCUGCACACAGAAGAGCAAUGGUAGUGGCUACAUGGCUUUUGGUGGUAUGGCCGAUUUCACAGCUCAGACUGCUGCUAGUGGCGGAUCAGGAAUCAUCGCUGGCGGUGCUAAUGUCCUGCCAAAGACAUGCGUCAAGGUCUGGAACUUAUGGGCGGAAGGAAAGUACGACGAGGCAAUUGAGCUACAAAAGGUGCUCAGCAAAGGCGACUGGGUCCUCACAAAGGCCGCCAUCCCUGGAACUAAGUCAGCAAUUCAGUCAUAUUAUGGCUACGGUGGCUACCCCCGCAAGCCACUCAAGAGACUACCACAAGAGAAGGUCGACGCUGUCGCGGAAGGUAUCAGAGAGGUCAUGGAGAUAGAGAAGAAGUUAUAG